AUGACGCUUCCCGACUACAUUUCUCGUUUAGCAGUUAGUUCCGUUCUCAAUCAGGACACUCGGCUCUAUGGCAAAACUUUUCUCUUCGACAAGAAUCCAGAGACCUGCUGGCAGUCGGACUCAGGUGCGAGUCAGUGGAUCCUUGUAGAGUUUAAGGAGCCUCUGAAGAUUACUUCCGUCCAACUUCAAUUCCAAGGUGGCUUUGCCGCCGAAGAGGGUCUUCUGCGUUUGUGGACAAAGGAGACAAAAGACAGAGCUAUAUCUCAUCCAUUCCAUCCUUCUAAUACGAGUAGCGUCCAGUCAUUCAUUUUUGCUGAUACUAAUCCUUGUACGAACGCUGCUAUUAUUUUUAAAAAAGCCACAGAUCUUUUUGGACGCAUAAUUGUCUAUCAACUUGACUUCUCCUUUGUUUGA